AUGAUUAUUACUGGAGGUGAUACAGAGGAAAUCGAGAGACUUAAGGGGAGCCUAUUCCAGGAAUUCGAGAUGAAGGGCUUGGGGAACCUUAAGUACUUCUUGGGGAUAGAGGUGUUGAGAUCUGAAUGGGGAAUUUUCUUGAGACAGAAGAAAUACACCUUGGAUAUUCUGGCUGAAACAGGACUUCUAGAUUGCAAACUGGUUGACACACCAAUCCUAGUGAAUCACGACUUACAAAUCUCAGAAGGCGCGGAACUAGCAAAUCAAGGCAAAUAUCAACGCCUAGUUGGGAAACUCAUCUACCUUUCCCAAACUAGACCUGAUAUCUCCUAUGCAGUGGGGAUCGUGAGUCAGUUCAUGCAUAGAUCACAGAAGGAUCACUAUGAAGCAGCAUUAAGAAUCGUCAAAUAUCUCAAGGAAACUGUUGGACAUGGAAUAAUGUUCAAGAAGAACAAACAAGGAGGGGUCUACGGAUAUACUGAUGCUGAUUGGGCGAGUAAUCCAGUAGAUAGGAGAUCGAAAGUUGGCUAUUUCACCUUUGUUGACGGUAAUCUAGUCACUUGGAGGAGCAAAAGCAGAAGGUGGUCGCUCUAUCCAGUGCUGCAGUAG